AUGAAUCUAACCUGCAACUCCACGCUGGAUGACCUGAGGAUCUCUCCGGGCUCAGAAAGGAUUCUCGUUGGACCGCUCAACUUCCAUGACCUAGCUCGAAUCAUCGCCGCCUCGUGCACCCUCAUCGCCACCGCCUUGAGCCUGUACCUCGUUUGGAUGCACGCUCUGCACUACACGCAGCCACGCGAGCAAAGAUACAUCAUCCGCAUCCUCUUCAUGGUCCCAGUAUACGCCAUCUCCUCCUUUCUGCAGCUGGAGUGGUACUGGCACGCCAUUUACUUCCAAGUCAUAUCCGACUGCUACGAAGCCUUUGCCAUUGCCUCCUUCUUUGCGCUCCUCUGCCACUACGUUGCUCCCGACCUGCACAGACAGAAAGCCUUCUUUCGGGAGCUUCGCCCCGUGAAGCCGUGGGUCUUGCCCAUCAACUGGUUCGCCAAGUGCUGCGGAGGCCAACGAGGCAUCUGGAGGACACCCACCAGCGGCUUGACCUGGUUCAACAUCAUCUGGAUCGGCGUCUACCACUACUGCUUCAUCCGAGUCGCCAUGACCAUAUCAGCCGUGGUGGCCCAGUACUACAAGAGAUACUGCGAAAGCUCCAACAGUCCGGUUUUUGGGCACAUUUGGGUCAUUGUUCUCAACGCCGUGGCGGUCACCAUCGCCAUGUAUUGCCUCAUCCAAUUCUACGUGCAGCUCAAGGAAGCGCUCGCGGAGCACAAGCUAUUCGUCAAGAUUGUCGCCAUCAAGCUGGUAGUCUUCUUGUCCUUUUGGCAAGCGUCCGCCAUCUCGGUUGGCACGUCGACUCUUAAGAUUGUCCACCCCAACCAGGCUCUCGCCUAUCCCGACCUCAAGGUCGGCAUCCCGGCCCUGCUCCUCUGCGUCGAGAUGGCCUUGUUCGCCGUUCUUCAUCUUUGGGCCUUCCCCUACGCCCCCUACACCGACAGCGCCCCGCUGACCUUUUACCCCGUGCCCGACGCCGACAAGGCCAUUCCCUCGGAAGCGAACACCCGGGAAGCGGCCUCGGGCGGCUUCAUGGGCUUCAUGGCCAUCUUCGACGCCUUGAACUUGUGGGACUUUAUCAAGGCGUUUGGAAGGGGGAUGAGAUGGCUGUUCUGCGGGGUCAAGCGCCGCAAAGAGGACAUUAGCUACAGGCUGAACCACGGCGACAGCCUGGAAAUGGACAGUCUGCCGGACGGCAAGGACGGGCCGGUUCCGUACGACGGCCUGCGACCCACCGCCGGAGUCUCGACGCCGGUCCCUGGCUAUGGCCAGUACAAACCGACCGAACCCAACGCUCACCCUGCGCAGCAGCAGCAACAGCAACAACAGCAACAGGCCGCGUCCCGUCGCAAUGCCGGGAUGGCCGGGGCGGAGGAAAACGCCGGUCUGAUGGACCACGCGCAGCCGAAUCCCGAGCAGCGCUCGUACGACACGAGGCCGCCUCCUCCGCGGCCGCGGAGGGACGCGUCGCCGUACGACGAGCCUUAUCGGGUAACGCGGGCUCACCCCGAUGCCCACCCGAUCGGUCUGGCGCAGGGACACGACGACGACGACGGCUACGGCGACCGUCAUCGGAGGCAGGCGGCACUGACAGACGCGCAGGCAGCGAUCGGCGAAGCACUCUGGAGGAAUGGGCCUCGUCGAUGA